CUUCUUCUCUCUCUUUAUAUUUGUUGAUUGCCCCUCUGUAUCAAAGCAGUCAUUUGGCGAGAUAUCGACUUUUCCUUGUUGUUCAUUUGUUAUUUCGGAUUUCAAAUCGUUCGAUUGUUUGUUUUUCUAUUUGUUUCGGUUCAUAGAUUUUGAUAAGAAUAUACGAAAAUUGAUGUACACAAUCGUAUAGGGUUUCUUUUAAUUUUGCUUCGUCAUCAAUUUCUUUGAAGGAAUCCUUAUUAAGAUUUUUUGUAAGGACUCAAGAGUUUUGUCUAUUUUAUUUAAUUCUAAAACUCUCCUUUAGAUAAAUUGGAAAAAAAAAAGUUUGAAAAUGACGAUUGGAGGUGUUAAGCCUAUCAAAGAGAAGAAGGCAAGGAAGAGCAAGCAACCACUUGUUGAUGAGAAAUCCCCGUUGCUGCCCACCAAGCAUGGGGAAGAUAGUUUUGAUGAGUUCAAUGGUGCUUCCUUCAGCGGGGCCGUGUUCAAUCUGUCCACCACAAUCGUAGGUGCAGGAAUCAUGGCUUUGCCUGCCACCAUGAAGGUGUUGGGACUUAUCCCAGGGGUUGCUGCAAUCAUCUUUAUGGCAUUCUUGACGAAUGCUUCAAUCGAGUUCUUGCUCAGGUUUAGUCGGACGGCAAAGUCAGUUUCUUAUAGUGGUCUUAUGGAGGAUGCAUUUGGAAAUUGGGGCAGAAUCUUGAUUCAACUCUGUGUAUUGGUUAAUAACAUCGGCGUGCUUAUAGUGUACAUGAUUAUCAUAGGCGAUGUGCUUUCUGGAACCACAUCUGAUGGAGUCCACCAUGCUGGUGUUCUGGAGGGUUGGUUUGGAGUACAGUGGUGGACUGGACGAUUUUUCGUUCUCGUUGCAACCACACUUGCUGUAUUUGCGCCACUGGCUAGCUUAAAGAGAAUUGAUUCAUUGAGAUACACAUCUGCUUUAUCAGUUGCUCUUGCUGUUGUAUUCCUUGUUAUUACUGUGGGGAUAACACUCUACAAGUUGAUAGAUGGAACUGUCCAAAUGCCUAGAUUGUUCCCAGAAGUUGCAAAUAUGACGUCGUUCCUCAAUCUUUUUACCGUAGUUCCUGUCCUUGUCACUGCAUACAUCUGCCACUACAAUGUUCAUUCAAUAGACAAUGAACUUGACGAUAACACAAAGAUAAAGGCAGUCGUCAGCAGUUCCCUUGCUCUCUGCUCAAGUGUGUAUGUGAUGACUAGCAUCUUUGGGUUCCUCUUAUUCGGUGAUGAAACUCUCGAUGAUGUAUUGGCCAACUUCUCCACUGACCUCGGGAUUCCAUUUGGAUCCGUACUUAAUGAUUCUGUGCGCGUUAGCUAUGCAGCCCACUUGAUGCUUGUCUUCCCUAUUGUAUUUUAUCCAUUGCGGUUAAACUUAGAUGGUCUCAUUUUUCCAGUGGCAAGUCCUUUGACUACAGAUAAUACGAGGUUUGCCUCACUCAGUAUUGGGCUCAUUGCUGUUAUCUUUGUGGCUGCAAAUUACAUACCAAGCAUUUGGGAUGCUUUCCAAUUCACUGGAGCAACUGCAGCUGUUCUAAUCGGUUUCAUCCUUCCUGCUUCCAUUACUCUCCGCGAUCGGUACGGCAUAUCCACAAAGAGGGACAGGAUCCUAGCCAUUGCCAUGAUCGCCCUUGCCGUCUUCUCCAAUGUGAUAGCGAUAUACAGUGACGCCUAUGCAUUGUUGAAGAAUGGCCCAGCUACUCGAGAAUGAAGCAUCCACCGAUCGUUUGGCCCGACUUGGUAGAGAGGUAAUCCGAAUGAGACUCGUCUUAUUCGCAGGAUACAGUAUCGUAGAACUGUGCUCGGCCAAAUUCGAUUGUGCCACCGAUCUGCUCAACGUAGAUGUUGAGUGGCGUUUCUAGAAAUGUACAGAGUUGUUUGAGCAACCCAGCAUCUUCUAUUCCUAUGCCAUUUGUUGUAUUUCAGUGUGUGUUAUAGUAGUAAUUUUGUUUGCGAGCUAAUAAUGUGUAAACAAUAAACUAAAAAAAUGUGUAUGAAUAUGCCUCUGUUUUUGGUUA